CACUGGGACUGCAAAGACUGCACUUGGCCCUAGAGUUCUUCCCAAACUACCUCAAAAAGUGGCACUAAGAAAAAUAGAAACCAGUCAUCAUCUUUCAAUAGAUAAAUCCCAUCAGCACACGGAAAUCUUUCAGAAGCCCUCACUGUCCAUCGAUAUACCACAGAAACCACAACCUGGAGACUUGCCCCCAAAGCCUCUGCCUCUGGAAUUAACUCAGAAACCUCAAGUGGGAGACUUACCCCCAAAGCCUGGAGAACUACCCCCAAAGCCUCAGCUAGGAGACUUGCCACCGAAACCGCAACUUGGAGACUUACCUCCAAAGCCGCAAAUGAAGGACCUUCCUCCAAAACCUCAGCUAGGAGAGCUGUUGGCUAAAACUCAAGGUGGAGAAGCAUCACCGAAGCCUCAGCCCUCAGAGGCAAAUCAGAAGUCUCACUCCUUAGAUCUUUCUCCAAACGUACAAUCUAGAGACGCCGUCCAAAGGCAAGCAUCUGAAGAGUCUAAUGACAUCACACAUACCCUGCCAGAAACCCCUGUGCCACUUCCCAGGAAAAUCAAUAUGGGGAAAAACAAAGUUAGGCGAGUGAAGACCAUUUACGACUGUCAGGCAGAUAAUGAUGAUGAGCUCACAUUUGUUGAAGGAGAAGUAAUUAUUGUAACUGGUGAAGAGGACCAAGAGUGGUGGAUUGGCCACAUCGAAGGACAGCCAGAGCGGAAAGGGGUCUUCCCGGUGUCCUUUGUGCACAUUCUGUCAGACUAGUGAAAACAAACAAAAAUCCUCAACUUGAGCAUUGCACAUUCUUCAUGCAAGACGGGCUUUUUAGCAAAAGCGAACGCUGCUGCCUCCCUGUAAUCCUGUGCACAAUUGUAUAUACAGCUGCUGUUACAAAUUAAGAAUUCAUUUAAGUUUCACCUCAUGAGGUUGAAUUAUAUGUAUUGUAAAUAUACGGUGUUAUUCUGCCUUUGCCAGUAUUAUGGUAGCCUUGGAACCUGGCACGCCUUAUUGGGUUCGUUGAAGCCAUCCUCGGCAUCUAGCACUUACAUCUCCGUCUAUGCUGUUAAAAAUCCGUAUGAACUGCCAGCUUCCCAAACAUUGGUGGUCUCCGUCAACCAUGUCACUGUACAGAAAGGACUGUUCCUAAUAACUCGGUAUUCUCAAUAUACAACUAGCAGAAAAGUUAGAAUGAGUGAAUGGUUUUGGACAAUUUAAAAAUCAGUCUGCAGUUUAUAAGUGUUUGCAGUUUACAGCUAUGAAACCCACUUCGGUAUUUAUUUAAUAUAGUGCUCAGUUACGUGUAAUUAUGAAGACAAAUAUUCACUGACUUUACAGGUAACAGUAAUGUUUUAUGGUGUGCAUACAGCAUUUCAUGUUUAUAUUAUGUGGACCUAUGCCAAACUGUGAUUGCAGUUCCCCUGUGAUAUUACCUCACUAUAAAGAGUUACAAAUUUAUUUCAUUCGAAAAGUUCUUUUAAUGAAAAUUAGUCAUAUUGUUCUUUAGUAGAUAUAUGUGAAAUUUGCUGGUUUCUUUCACUGAAUCCUUAGUAACCAAGAACUUCUAGAAAAUGUUAACUGUUGACAUUAUGCAUGCAUCUAGAUGCUUACUUGAAACCUGCCUUUGUACAAAAGUAGUACUCUAGUCAUAUAGCUACAUUUGAAGAAAAGAACAUUUUAACUUAAUUGCUCUUCAGAUUAAUGUGAGCUUGCGACAGCAUUUGUUUAUAGCUAAAUUGGCUCUUCGAAAAAUGAUUCUGUGGGGGGUUUUUUCCUCUGUCUUCAGCCUUGAUAAAAGUUAGUUACCUAAAAUAAAAU